AUGGAGAAUAGGAGCUGUACCCGUCCACAAAAAGCUGCGAGACUGAAGGAGAGAUUUCUUACCGCACUGCAGCACAAUGACGCUGCUGAGGUGGAGCUCCUGCUUCACACCACCAAUAUCGAUAUAAAUACAGUAUUUGAUGUGGAUGACCGCAGCAUGGUGUUGGCAUCUUAUAAACCAGGAUACUGGCUACCAGGCUAUAAGUUGGAGUCCUCCUGGGCAAUGGGCAUUCAUGUAUGCAUGAUGUACAAUGCACUGGACUGCGCCUUGGUGCUGUUGCAAAGUGGAGCGGCCGUAAACAGGAAACCCAAUGGGAAGACACCAUUGCACGUGGCUUGUGAGGUCUCUAAUGCUGACUGUGUGGGACUUCUGUUGGACUGGGGAGCAAAGGUUAACAGUAUAUCCCUGAGUGGACACACCCCACUACACUACUGCAUUACGCAAGAGUCAGUGGACUGCGCCAGACAACUCAUACUCAAAGGAGCAGAUGUAAACAUGCCAAGCCAAAACAAUGAGGAAAACGCUCCACUGCACACAGCUGCACGUUUUGGAGUCUGUGGACUUGUGGCUCUUUAUGUUGUUCAUGGUGCGGAUGUUAAUGCAAUUAACACCUGCAUGGAGACCCCGCUGAUAACUGCGGCAUUCUGGGCCAUGGAUUUCCGUGAGCAGACUUACAGUGGACACCACCACCUGGUGUGCCGCAUGCUGUUGGACUACGGUGCAAACCCUAACUUACAGGAAGAGGACAAGAAGACAGCUCUGCACAAAGCUUCCUGGAACUGUGAUCAUGUGCUGAUACAGAUGCUGCUUGAGGGUGGGGCUGAUCCUAAAAUCAUGGACAUGAACGGUUGUGCGGCUCUUCAGUAUAUACUAAAGGUGAUGAGAGUUCGCCCAAUGUCCGUACCAGAGCGCUGUUUUCAGCUGCUGCUCAACUACGGAGCAGCCAGGAUCUACCCAAAGCAAUUUCAUAAGGUAUUGCAGAACUGCUACGACUACCCUAGAGCAGUGGAGGUGUUGGCAAAUUCGUAUGAGCAUCUCACAUCUAUGAAAAAGUGGAGGACAGCUAUUCCUGAUGAAUCAUACAAGCACAACAGAGAGUUUUAUGACUCUUUGUUUGCGGCCUGCACGAACACACCACGUAGUCUGCUACACCUUACCAGAUGUGCAAUACGCAUGGCGAUGCGUGGUCGAUGUGAAUCAGGAAUUCAGCAACUUCCACUGCCUCAAACAAUUAAACAAUACAUACUGCUGGAGCCUGUGGGAAUCAUACACUGAAGACUUUAUGAAGAGUAAUUUAAUACUGCUAUUGACUGAGCAAAGAGACUCCAGUGGCCUGCACAGAGCCCUGACCUCAGCCCCACUGAACAACUUUAGAAUGAACUGGAACAUCAAUUGAGGCUUUCUUGACCAACAUAAGUACCCAGCCAUACAAAUGCUCUUUUUACUGGAUUGGUGCAAAUUCCACAGACAUACUUCAAAGUCUUGUAAGAAGCCUUCUUAAAAUAACAUAGUGGUCACUGUUGUAAUACCAUUUAAGCCUGUGGUGACUAAUGCCAGCAUGUUCUAGGAGCUUUAUAUUUAUGGCGGACCUGCUUCAUGCAUUAAAU